CGCCUUUUGAGGUUUCACAAACCGGAGAGUUCAGUUAUAGUCUGUUUUUCAAUAACAGUAAUCAAUGCAGUUCUUGGAUUACGGCGACUAAAUUUCGUCUGACAGCAGCUAGAGAUGGCAAGUGACAUAAAACAACGUAAAGCAGCCGAGGCUGAGGAUCACAUUCGUCAGGCAGAGAAAUGCAUGAAAACAUCUUUCUUUAAGUGGAGACCGGAUUUGGAUGGGGCUGCAUCAGAAUACAACAAAGCAGCGACAUGCUACAGAAAUGCCAAAUGUUUGAAGGAGGCUAAAGAUGCUUGUAUCAAAGCAGCAGAAGUGCAGCUCCAAAUGAAUGCACCAUUCCAUGCAGCAAAGUCAUAUGAGCAAGCUGGACUUAUUUGUAAAGAGAAUAACAUGAUAGAAGACGCCAUUAAUUUGAUGGAAUAUGCUGCCAAACUAUUUCAGGAGGAUGGAUCGUCAGAUACGGCAGCCAUUGUACUGGACAGAGCUGGAAAAAUAGUGGAAAUAUCUCAUCCUAACAAGUCUGCCCAGCUGUUCCAGAAAGCUUGUGAUGUAUCAGAGCUUGAAGACAAACCAAGACAAUGUGCAGAGUUCAUUGGAAAGUCAGCUAGGAUAUUAAUUCAUUUGCAGAAGUAUGAUGAGGCACUAGCUGGGCUUAAGAGAGAGAUAGACUUUCUUGCUGCUGUUGAAAACUUCCCAGCAAUCAGCCGGGUCCUCAUUGGUGCUAUAUUGGUUUACUUGAAGCAGGGUGACCCUGUUGGAGCAGAACAGUUCUACAAUUCUGCCCUUGGGUAUCCCGGGUUUGGUGAUAGUGAGGAGGCAGCCUUACUUGAUGAGUUGAUCCAAACUUACAGUGAUGGAGACGAAGAGGGGUGCCGUGCUGCUCUUGCAUCGCCCACCAUUAAGUUCAUGGACAAUGCUUUUGCUAAACUUGCCAGAGAUAUGGAGAUACCAGCUGGUAUGGGCCGUAGAAUUCCCAGAAGCCAGGAUGCAACAGGUAUCUCCUCUGUUCCUAGCCAGGCCUCCAGGGCACAGCUAGAAGAAGAAGACCUCGAGGAAGGAGGAUUGUGUUGACAGGAAUACAUCAGGUGCAGCAGUCAGUGCUAACAAAGGGAGGUAAUAAGCCUAAGGGAGAUAACCACAGGUGUGGCAACUUGAAUCAUUCCACAGGAUUUAGAUUGUACUAAGAUUACACUCAGGACUGUGCAAUCUGAAUGAGGUUUCUGUCUCCUAGUAAAUGUCUGUAUCAAGUAAGGCUAUUACUGCUAACUAGCAGUUGAUAUGUACGGGAGAUACUGUUCUCUAAAAUGACAUUCUGUGUUAGUAUUAAAUAACUUAAAUAUUGUGAAUCAAAUUAAGUUAAUUUUCUUUUGCUUUUAGAAUCAUUUAUACUUAUCUUGUUUAUCUGUCACUUUGAUAAAUUAUUCAAGAUAUGAUGAGAUUCAAAUGAAACACAUCAAGUUUCAGAAAAGGGUGUUAAACAUUUUUUCUAUGCAAUUUGUUGAUCUUACUUGGCAGAUACAGUGGACAUUUGUUCUUCCAUAUAUUGUCAUGGUCCAGAUAAUAAAUUAUGUCAUGGACCCCUGUUAGUUUAUAUCACACAUCUGUAUUUUAUUUCUCCUAAAAGUUUAAAAUUGACAAAUUUAUUCACAAUAAUUACUAUCCUGAUAAUACUUAAAAAGCUAAAAUCACAGAGGUAAUCCAACCAUGUAAUUAAUGACAGUUCCAGAGGGUAGCUGUCUAUUUUGUGUCUUUGUUAAGACUUUUUUGUGGGCAGACUAGGACAGUGGAGAGGCCACAGUUUUAAAAUCAUCCAUAGGCAUGUGCAAUAUCAUUAUAAUCCAUAUUUAUACAUAUAAGUUGACAUGAGUAAUAUGAUUUGGAGUUAAUUGAAAGUUUCUAUGCGUUAAUGAAUUUCUGAUAUUUGACACUACAUGUGCCAGUCCUUUGGUACAUUUGUAGCAGUCUUAGUAUAACUAGGGGGUUGCUGUGUUCUAGAUUUGGUACAGUAGGGUGUACUCGUUUCCUUUGGAGUUUUGUGUUUUUAUAAUAAAGACUGUGUGGUUUCUGUAUUUCUGCUAUACUUUAUUGUUUCAAUACAAUUCUUAAUGUUACAAAGAAAUCUGUAUUUGUCAUUGUAAUCAGGACCUGGCACGAGAAUAAGAUGCCCUGUGAUAUAUAAUUAUAGUCUUUCCAUCCCUCUGUCUGUAUGUCUGUCCAGAUAUCAUUCCAGUUUUUUGUAGUACUAUAGAAAGUACAGUAAAUUACCUGAAAACUACCUGUAUUGCAUUAAAUAUAAUCAUGUCAGAGUUCAGUUUCGAUUACAAGACUAAUAUCUUCUCUCUUAAUAUCUUCUCUCUUUUCCUAACGACGUGCUAAGGACAAAGUGUGUAUGGGAAUCCUUGUAAUAAGCCUUAUACUUGUACUGAGUUUUGUAUGUGGUUUACAGGAGGGGGGACUUACUUACCAUAGCUCUGGACGAUGGACUAAUUUCCAGCAUAUAGUCACAGAAGUUUAAUGAAGGCAGGAUAGGAAUAUCCGUUCUAACAGAAGGACUUUGGUUGACCUUUCGUAGUUCAUUUUGCAAAAGUAUUUAAAGAAAAUUUUUGGACUUUUGACUUGAGAAAUUAAUGUUUCUUGCUGGAUGAAAGAAUGUAGAGGGUCUGAAUUGAUAUGGGAAAGGGGAACUGGUCAGCAGUUCUGGUAAAAAAUUCUCAAUGUUCAGCAGGUUUCCAAUACAUUUUCACAGUUAUGAAAUAAAUAGAACCUAUUAUGAGAUGUAUGCUUACAAUACAAUGUAUAGAUAUUAAUAUGUAUUUGUCGUUUGAUGAUUUGUCACAAUCUUUACAUCUUACUGCUGUGAGUUGUAUGUAUCACCAUUUUCUUGUUUAAUAUGUUCAAUUUUUUAUUAUCUUCUUAAUAGAAUUAAUAGGUGCUAUCUGUUCAUAAUUUGAUUCAACUGUGAGAUCUUUUAAGAUAAUUGUCAAAUUUUAUCAAUGAAUUUGUUUGCUAAUUUAAGAUCAGGAAAAUUCAGAUAUAAAGGUGAAUGAACUCUUUAUAGCCUUAUGAAGUCAAGUCUACAAUAUCCUUAUUUAGCUGUAUAACAAUGGAGAUGUUCUGUUGGCAAGAUCAGGGGCCUGUUCAUUUAUGCGGACAAACCGGUUCUUCAGUUUUUAAAUGUGAUAUUUCAAACAUAUAUCUUGACGGACCUGCAAAUAUUAAUAGGGGCCUUGGAAGUCCUUGUCCUGGCUCAUCUGAAAACAAUAUAAAAUCACCAGGUCCCUCUUUAUUUCAUAAACGAACAACACUGAUCCUAAUGGUCCAAUCGUUUCAAAAACGAAAACAGCCCAGGGUCUUCUAGUGUCAGUGUACAGUAUUAUUGGAGUACUUUGUUAACAACUUACAAUUGUGUACUGAGUGUAAAUAGAUUUUUUUCUGUGAAUGCUCAUCAAGAAGAUCUUUCAUUAAUAUAAAAAGAGUUUUUGUAACAAGUACAUGUACAUUGUAAUGUCCUUGAAUGGCCAAGUAAUUGUUGAUAUUAACACAGUCAUAGGGCCUGUUUGUUUAUUACAAACCAGUUUGUAAAUUUUUAAUUGUGACAUUUCAGGCAUAAAUCUUGACUGACCUGCAGAUAUUAAUACAGGCCUUGAAGGUCCUCGUGAAGGCUCAUCCAAAAGCGACAUAAAAUCACAAGGUCCCUCAUUUCAUAAACGAAUUACUCUCAUCAAACUGUUUGUGCUGCGAUAAACAAAAAAGGCCCUGGAGAAUCUAAAACCGUGAUAUGUUUUUGUUUAUGUUUUGUUAUUGUCCUAUUGUUAACAGUUCCAAGAGAGAUGUUAAAAAAAUUGAUUUUUGUGUUUGAGUUUUGUUAUCAAUGGGAAACUGAUUUUGAUGUGAACAUUGACAUGUUUAAUUAAGUGUAAGAACCUGUAUAUAUGGAUGUGAACAUUGACGUGAGUGUGUGUACGAACAUGUGUAUAUGGUGAUUCAGAGUGAUUGGUGUACAUAAUUAUGUAUAUUGACUUUCAUACAAGUGGUUGUGUUCUGAUUAUGUGUAAAACCACAGAAAUUUGGCACAAAUUCACAAUCCACUGUCCAUAUAUAUGAACUGUACGCGGGUUGAGGAUUCGUGCCAAAUGAAUCAAAUCCCUGUGGAUCAAAUCUUGUUUCUCUCAUAUUCAGUCAGCUGUAUCAGUCUUCAGAAAUUUCAAACAGUUGUUAUAUAUCAGGUACUUAAUGAACAUGGUUAUGUGUUAUGGGAGGGAUUCAUUUCUGAAUGUUAAAUUGAAACACAAAAUUGAGGUUUUAUGAUUUAAAUCAAUUUUGUGACAGUUAUGCAAACAUACAGAUCUUCUUUAAGAAGUUUUGUAAUUAGCAUUUGAGCCGUAAGUAUACAAAUUCAGAAAUACCUCUCUUACAAAUACAAAUACCUCUCUUACUAAUUAUUUAUUGGUGAAAAGUUCAUAAACUAAUCAAAAGUGUUUCUUGAAGAUUCAUUGUGACUCUGAGCAUCUUUUUAUUUUUCUUGAAAAAAAAAAUACAUUGUACCUUGGGUCAAUUCUGUUCGUCCGAGUGGUAAAACAAGGAAGCAACAUAUAAGAAAAAAUACAAUUGUAAAUGGUAUACAGGGCUCAAAGAUGCGUCUUAAAUUCACAAUUGGCGACCAGUAAUUGACCUAUAAGGCAAUUUGGUUAAUCUUUCAAAGACUGCAGUCAAUGCUAAAAUGACAUGUUCAUAUUAGAAAAAGUUACAGAGAUGUUAUACUGAUCUAAAGAAUUAAAAAAAAAAAAAUUAUUUUGGACAGCUAGGCCAGGUGACUAACUUUUCCAAUUGGUUUUGGUAGAUUUUAUAACUUUGUAGCCAAAUAGGCCACCUGGUAAAAAUAUCCACUUUGAGCCCUGGUAUAGCUGUGUCUUUGAAUUAUAAACUACCAGGUGCGCAAGUCCUUCUAGAAAAUUUAAUUUUAAGCUUUAAAGUUUCUCAUUGUGUGGAAGAUUUUACUCAU